AAAUGAAUCAUUAUCAUACACUUUCUUUAGUUCCAUUGAUAACAUCGACAGCUUUAACAACCAUUGGAAUAGAAGCACUUGUAUCUGUACCAUCCCUGUUAAAAUUACCUUCUACUAAUGUGAUGUCACAAGCAUUUAGUUCCUAUUUCUAUGGUAUGUUGGGUCCUAUUAUUGCAGCUGGUAGUACUUCGAGUAUGAUUAGUUCAUAUCUUUACUUUUUUCGUGGUGGAAAUCGAUAUUUUGGUUGGGGUGCCUUUUUUGCUGGAUUACAUUUUGCUUUUGUUCCUUUGAUAAUGUAUCCUUGCCAAACAAUUAUUGAAAACAAAAAUCAAUCAUCCAUUGAACCAGCUAUUAAACGAUGGAUCAAAAUUCAUAAAGUUCGUUUGAUUGGUGAUAUCAUGGCUACUGUAUGCUUUACAUUAGCAUUAAGAGAAAUUUGAAACACUUUUUUUAAUCCUGAAUAUGGUAUUUCAUCUCCGCGUACGUCAAUUUUCAUUUUUCCCUCUUCUUUCUUUUUUUUUUUUUUUUUC